AUGUUGAAGGUAAAAGAUUUUAGAAUAGGACGAGUGCUGGGAGUUGGUGCAUUUGGAAAAGUGCACUUAGCUACAAUAAAUGACAAUCCAGAGCUAAUGUUUGCUGUUAAGAUACUUUGCUUCAGAAAACUUCUUACACAGCGACUGAUUGACCAAUUAGAAAGCGAAGUGUCGAUCCUAAGACAGCUGUAUGGCUGUGCAUUUGUUGCAAAGCUGUUUGCUACAGAUUUUGACAACGGAAAAGUCAAAUUGAUUAUGGAGUAUGUAAGUGGAGGCGAGCUGUUCUAUUGGCUGAAGAAGUGUGGAAGAUUCAAUGAGAAGAUGGCGAGGUUCUAUUCAGCAGAGAUCAUAUGUGCAUUGAGAUACAUUCAUAACAAAGGCAUUCUUUACCGUGAUCUCAAGCCUGAAAACAUACUCAUAGCAUCAAAUGGACACAUAAAGCUUGUUGACUUUGGAUUUGCCACCUAUGAGCAUGAAAACAUAUACAUGAUUUCAGGAACGCCAGAGUACAUGUCGCCAGAAAAGUUGGGGAGCGAAGAGGACGGGCGUGCAAGUGAUUAUUGGGGACUAGGAAUAAUACUAUAUGAAAUGAUAUGUGGAGAUCCUCCGUUCUAUGAUGAGAGUGCAGAAAUUGUCUAUCACAAGAUUCUUGAGUCUCAGGCUGUGUUUCCACAUUAUGUAAGCCCGUUGGCAAGGAGCUUGAUAACAGGAUUGCUGAACAAGAACAGAGCAAAUAGACUAGGAGCGCGUGGCAUACAUGAAAUAACUGAGCAUCCGUUUUUUGAAGAAAUUAAUUGGGAUGAUGCAGAAAACAGGCGAAUGGAGCCUCCUUUUAUUCCAAGGCUCUGCAAGAACAUCAUUAGCGAUGUAUGUAGCCAUCAAGAAGAAAACAGUAGUGAGGAUGAAGGAAGUGUCUUUAGGCCUUAUAAACACAUAAAAGCGAUGCAGCCAAGCAAAAGCAAUCAAUUCAAAGGAUUAGAGUGA